AUGGUACACAGCUGGUUGCCAGGGGCAGGUAGCACUGACACAGCGUGUCCAGCCAGGCUUUUGUACUUCAUACAGAACAUUAUUAUUGUUGUUGUUGUUGUUGUUAUUGUUAUUGUCUUUGUUUGUGUGCAGAUCGACCGACAGCAGUUUGAGAAGAUCAUGGAUCUGAUCGAGAGUGGGAAGAAGGAAGGAGCCAGGCUGGAGUUUGGAGGAGUUUCUGUGGGAGAGGAGAAACUCUUCAUCCAACCAACCAUCUUCUCUGCUGUCAAAGACCACAUGACCAUCGCUACACAGGAGAUCUUUGGUCCAGUGCAGUGUAUCUUCAGUUUUAAGAGCCAGCAGGAGGCGAUAGAGAGAGCCAACUGCUCGCAGUAUGGGCUGGUGUCAGCAGUGUUCACCAGCAGCAUGGACAGAGCUCUGUCUGUGUCCUCAGCUCUGGACAGUGGCACCGUGUGGAUAAACUGUUACAACGCACUUCACGCCCAGUCACCGUUUGGAGGCUUUAAGAUGUCGGGAAACGGACGAGAACUUGGAGAAUAUGCUCUGGCUGAAUAUUCAGAGGUGAAAGCAGUGACCAUCAAACUCAGAGGAACCAUGUGAGAAGAA